AUGAAUCAUCUUUUUUCGUCUAUACGACGGAGAAGACGAAUACACGUCCAUGCGCCUGUCCUUUCAUCCGUCCACACAGCUAUGGGCAACCGAUACCCAGCCUACAACAUCAACACCACGCUGGCGCAACUCAGCCUGAUCAUGUUUGUCUCGUUUCUCUGGAUGUAUCGAUACAACUACGCCGAAGCAUUCCCCGUUUUCUCCUCCAUCGUACUGUGUAUUUUCACCGUUCUGAUUGUGAGUCUUCUUUUUUACGCUUAUAUAAUCAUUUUUUUUCAAAUUUUGUUUAAGGUGAUGGGGGUGGCGUACCGUCUGGUGAAGCAGAGCACGGUGCGCGUGCUGACUUACAUCAACGAGAGGAAGGCCAACCUGUUUGUGAGGAGACAAGCGACGGCCGGAGGCGCGGCGGUUAAGGAGAAUUGA